AUGGACGAAACUAUUCUUGUAAGGAGAAAGCUUACAAGCCCAAUCCACUUUCUGGAAACUCAAAAAAUUCCAAAUUCAAUUCAAUGCGAAUCUCCAGUUUUAAAAAAGAAGUUUGAAAUCACAAAUAAUUCAAAUAAAAUAAAGCAUUAUUCGCCCCGAGGACGGAAAGAAAUUCAGAUCAUUGAAGAUUUCUCUUUCAACUUUGAUCAUAAUGAAUUUAGCACGCCAAGGGUUAUUAAAGCAAAUCAUAGCAUUGGGCAUAUGCCAAUAAUCAAAAAUCGACUGAAAACAAAUAAAAAUAAAAACCAAGUGAAAAUUCUGAACAAUAGGAAGAUAUCAGUGAAUCUUCUACUAGACCCAUUUCCUAAUCUUUAA